AUGAAGAGAGCCCGAGACGAACUGAUGGCGAAGGGUGUCAAGUCGCAGGAGGAAGAACGAGCUGAGGAAGACCAGGAGAAAGAGAUGAAGAGGAAGAAGGUGGAGGAGGCGAAGGUGAAGGUCAUCGAGGGACGCACGGAGAAGCACUUCGAGUGCAUGGAGGAGAAGGUCCUCGAAAAGAUACACAAGAUCGAGACCACCCGCGUACAACCCAUCAUCCACCGCGACCGCUACCAGGUCGAGGUGCACCAGAUCGUGCAGCCGAUCAUCGAGAAGGUGACCAAAGCGACGGUGCUCGAGAUCAAGCCGCCCAUCAGCGAAGAGCUGGGCACGCGGGUGGUGGAGGCCACGUUCGAGGCCGCGCAGCCGGCCGUGGCCGGCACCACGGUCAUCAGUCCCGCCCAGCCGCUGCCCGUCCCGGCCGAGAGUCGGUCGGAGGUGGUGAGCGUGGUGCAGCGCCACGAGGAGCUGCCGCCCAUCGUCGAGGAGACCGUGCACCGCAAGAUCGUCGAGCGCAUCACACCACUCAUCCUGAAGGAGAUCGUGCUGCCCAACAUGGCGCUGGUCGAGGCCUUCCCCGAGGGCGUCAGGCUGGUGAUCCGCGCGGCCACGGAGUCGAUGGAGGAGCGGCUGCAGCGCCUCGAAGCCAAGGCCCAGCGCAAGGCCCAGAAGCGCGCCGCCAAGGAGCUGCUCAAGGCCGAGCGCCGCGCCUCCAAGCUCGAGCUCAAGGCCCAGAAGCGCGCCGCCAAGGCCGAGCGCAAGGCCCUCAAGCGCGUGCUCCGCGAGCAGGAGCUCGUCGUCGAGGCCGAGCUCGCCGUCAAGGCCAUGCACGAGCGCGAGCGCCAGCGCCAGCAGCAGCAGGUCGUCGAAGGAGUCGCGGUCAAGGAAACGACGACGGUGCCGGCCGUGGUGGUGAUGGACAUCGACGAGGCGGCCAAGGAGAAGGGGAAGGGCGGGGUGGAGGUGGUUACGACGGUCGACGAGGCGGUGGUGAAGAAAGUGGAGAAGAUGGAAGGGCCGCCUUCAACCGCGGUGGCCAACCUGACGGACAAGUCCGUGGUCAGCACCAAGCUGAAGAACUUCUCGCCGCUGAUCGUGACGAGGUCGGGGAGCCAGCAGGAGCUCGAGCUGGAGACGCAGCCGCAGCCGCAGCUCACCAAGAACCAGAAGAAGAAGAAGCAACAACAACAGAAGAAGAAGGCGGAGGCCACGGCUGGCGUAGAGACGCCCGAGCAGGUCGUCUAA